AUGCAGCGGCGACGCCCUGGGGGGUUAAAUCCAACCCUGUUGGAUGGCUCGCCGCGCAACGCGGCCGGAGAGUAUGCGGCCUGCAUGGGCCUGGCGGACGGCGCGGAUGCGCAGGCGGCCAUGCACGCCGAUGGGGUGGCCUGGAAGGAGAGGGGGAACUUGGGCAUGAGUCCGAAAAGGCGCUCCGCGCAGAGCCGGAGCCAGAACCCACUGUGCUGGAAUGGCUCGCGGAGUGGCUCUUUUGCUGCUGCAGCAAACGAGAGGGCCACUGAGCAUGGGCUGUGGCCUGGGCAGCUUCGGGUGGCUACCCAACCCGAAAACUCCUUCAGGCCCCAGCCCGACACGGCCGCUGCCACCACCGGGAGCAAAGCUCUCCAGGAGGUGGAGAUUGUCAGGAAGACCACCGUUUUCGAGCUGGAAAGCAAGGUUGCCGACCUUGGCGUCGUUUGCUCCAAAUCUGGCACCGAAGCUUCCGUGGCGAUUUUCCUGAAGGAGUUCGAGUGGGCCAUCCAGAAGUCUGGGAUCGAGCCAGAAAGCAAGGCUGCAGCUUUUGAAGCCGUCUGCAGCAACGCCAUCGAUACCUCCGCGCUGAAUUUUCUCAAGGUAUUGGUUGAAAACAAGCGGACCCACCUGCCGCCCCGCAUGAUGGAUAUCUUUGAGAACCUCUGCCAGUCGGAGAAGAACUCGGUCCGUUGCAAGGUGACCUCCGCGGCGACACUGCCUGAUGCAACAAAAUCUCGGGUGCAGGCAGCUAUGCAGAAGCGGGCUGAGGGCUCGAAGCUGUUCAUGGAGACUCAUGACACCAACACUGCUUUGCGGUCUGGUUGUGAAGAUCAGCGAGGUCUGACAACUCUGAGUCAUCACGCUUAG